UCCUUCCCUGUGCUCCCCGCCGGCCAGCUUGGCCGCUGCGCGGCUCCCAAGGGACGGUUUAGAGCUAAAAGGGGGAGGGGGGGACCUUAGAGAUCGGCUAGGCCUCUCCCCGAUUCUCCAGCAGCUGUCACCUGUCUGCUGUCCCUCUUCCCCAUCGCCGUCCUCCCCCACCCCCAACUCCACUUGUCACCAACUACCCUGUGCCCUCUUGUCCAUUUGUCACCGACUUCCCCCUUCCCCCCGCCUCGCCUUACAACCAAUUCCCUUUCCUUCUCUCUACUGCUCCCUAAUUUCCUAUCUAUAUCACCCCACUCCCCGCCCCCAGGUCUCGUCUUCCGCCAUAAUUCCCGCACUUCCGAGGAUCUGUUUUCUCACCAGGUCUUCUCCUUGCUGUCCACCUCCUCCCUGCUCAAGCCCACUUCCCUUAACUCCUUUUCCAUUCCCCUCCCCCCACAAUUCUCAUCCACUUCCCUCUAACUCCCUCCAGUUCCCCAUCCUCCAGGAAUCGCCCCCUUCUCCACCCAGGAAUCCUCCGGUCUUUCUUUCCCUCCCUUUCACGACUCCCCAUCCACCCAAUCCACCUCUCGCCCUAGUUCUUCAUCCUCCCAUCAGCCUCAGCCCAUUUGUUCGCCCUUCUCCACCCCCACGGAGCAGAAACAGUUCUAGAUGGGGGGGUGGGGGGAGGGGGGAGGGAAUCAGGGAGUCAAGGAACCUGGGUUUCUCGUUCCAGUUCUGCCCUGACUCUGACCUUGAGCUUUACUCCUCUCUGACCUCAGUUUCUUCCCCAGUAAAGGAGGUGGUUGGAUUAGGUGUUCUCCAACGUCCUCAACAUAGUUGUUGUAAAAAAUUAUAGUUUCUUAAUGUAUUUGUGUCCUCUGUUACAUAUUGUGUCUGCAAAUUUAUAGACAAAACAGUGGGCAGACCUCCAUAUCCUGUUCAGUGUUAGCACUGUGACUUGAAUUGAUCCUUCUUGGUGUUGUUACUAUGACAGUCCUGACUUUACUCUUACUAGGAAAGAGUUGGCUUAAGAGUUCUGCUCUGCUCUUUCCCACCUUCCUUUCUCCUAGUUCCUUAUUCCAGUCACAGUGCACCUAAAUUAGUUAGUGUCCUUUCUGGUACAGAGAGGCAUUUUCUUGCUUAGGUGGUUAUCUGAGAUGAACUUUUUCAGAGGCAAAUAGGACUUUGUGCCAUAAGGAUAGUGUCGUUUCUUGUUUGGGCUAUUAAAAUGAUGUCAACCUUGCCUUUUAUCUGAAACCCUUCCCCACGUGAUCAAGUAUGAGUUGUUGAGCCUUCGUUUAUUUACCCUGUGGCCUUAUAUAAUAGGCAACAGUAAUGUUUGCUUCUAAUUAUAUAAUUCUUGAUUAUAGGGAGCAAAAAGAACCAAGGUGGCAGGAAAGGAUUACAGAAUAUCUCUUUUAGAAACUGUUAGAACUCAAAACAUUCAAAUUUAUUUAAAGUUAAAUAGAAGUAAAACUUUCUGAACCUUAUGAACAUGUGAAUUGUUUUUUGUUUUUUUACUUUUAACACAGUUACUUUCUUUCCAGCCAUCAAGAUUUAGAUUGGUUUAUUGUUCAAUCCAUUGUUUGCCGUAUUGCAUUUUGUAAGAAAACAUUUGAUUUUGUGAAAUUUGUAAAUCAGUGCCAUAGAGUAAUAAUAGGUAAGGCCACAAGGAUUUAUUAAAUAGCCCGUACUCCGUGCCAGGCACUCAGUUACACUGAUAUUUAUGGAACUUUCAAGUCUACAAAUGCCUGAAACUCCUACUGCACUGCUUAGGUGACUCUGGGUUCUUGAAGGCUUAGUCAACAAAGCACAACCUCUUGAUAGCCUCUGCCAGGAAGGGCUUGGAAGAGAGUCCCAGCAACAGAUUAUGUCAGCUUUCUGGCGCAGUUUAGCCACUCAAGAGACUCAUUUCAUCCCCAGAAGGCUGACUCCUUGAUGAGAAAUUCUUUGGCCAUGGUAGCCUGUAAACAUCAAAAUCCAAAAUGGUGCUCAGUUUUCUGAGACCUACUUUCAUACCUAAAGUGGCAAGAAAAAAGGAGGGGGAAUUAAAGAAUUACAGUUUUUAGAGCAUUUAUGGAUUUUAACAUAGCUGUUGAUACUUUAAACAAGUGGAAAUCCUUACUUAAUGACUAAAAAGCACCUACCACUAGAAAGAACCACAUCAAUUGACAUUCUCCUUAAAAAUGAAACCAGAAGACAAAAGGAAGUUGUAGUUAAAUAUGACUGACUUUCAUUAGAGAAAUAAAAGGAAUUGUAAUUGGUUUUAGUGGUCAUCUGAAGACAACAACAACAACAAAAUACAUUUCAUGGAACAUCAUUCAUCUAAUAUUACAGUAUUCGUGAUAAACAUUUACAAGAAGCCUCCAUGUAGCUAACUCCAACUUAUGUACCAACUAUCUAUUGAAGGAGCUGAGAAGAGAGAAGAGGACCAGAGAUUAAUUUAUUCAGGAAAGCUGCUGUUAGAUCAUCUUUAUCUCAGAGAUAUACUACCUAAGCAUGAAAAACGGCAUGUUCUUCAUUUGGUUUGCAGUAUAAAAAAUCCUUCAAAAAUGCCAGAAAAGGUUUCUGAAUCCAGUGAGCAGUCUACUGGCCUGAAUCAAGACCAACAUUCUUCUGUGGACUCCUCAAGUGCUGGAUUAAGGCAAAGGGAUGUUCUUCAUAAUCCUUCUCCACUUGCAUGGGAAAAUAAUUCAAGAAUGGAAGCAAUUCAACAAACUUUCCAAGGUGUGGGUCCUGGCUUUUCAGGCUAUACUACCUAUGGUUGGCUACAGCUCUCCUGGUUCCAACAGAUAUAUGCCAGGCAAUAUUACAUGCAAUAUUUAGCAGCUACUGCUGCUUCAGGGGCCUUCACGUCAUCACCAAGUGCACAAGAAAUACCUGUAGUCUCAACCACAACUCCAGCACCUAUUCACAAUCAGUUUCCUGCUGAAAAUCAGCCUGGCAAUCAGAAUGCUGCUGCUCAAGUGGUUGUUAAUCCUGGAGCCAAUCAGAAUUUGCGCAUGAAUGCACAAGGUGGUCCCCUUGUGGAAGAAGAUGAUGAGAUGAAUCGUGACUGGUUGGAUUGGAUCUAUUCAGCAACUACCUUCUCUGUCUUCCUUAGCAUCCUCUAUUUCUACUCCUCUCUGAGCAGAUUCCUCAUGGUCAUGGGUGCCACACUUGUUAUGUACCUGCAUCACGUUGGGUGGUUUCCAUUUAGACAAAGACCAAAUCCACACAUCCCAAAUAACAUGCCUCCUCGAGUCGCCGUUAAUCAAGAUCCAAACAAUAACUUACAGGAGGAAAAUGCUGAUGGAGAUGGAGAACCUGGAUUAGUUCCUCCCCAACAGGAUUUAUUGGAAGGUCAACAAGGCAGUCCUUCAAUUAUGAGCACUGCAUGGCUUGUCUUCAAAACAUUCUUUGCCUCCCUCCUGCCAGAAGGUCCCCCAGCGGUAGUGAACUAACCAGUUUGGUUGCCCAGCCUUUAGAUAAUUUUCCAAGUGUGGACUGACUGGGUCGUGUAACUCCAACUUAUGACUUCCAUGUCUUCUCAACUGGACAGGGCUAUGACUCCGAAUAAUUAAAAGAACCAGCAGGGAUGUUCUUUUGUGACCAAGCAAAUACAAAAAGCAGGAUUCCCGAAUCCAUGUUACAAGUUUAUGGACUUCAUGAACUACAUCGUGCUUACUAUGUCUUUAUUCCAAAGAGCUUAAUAUAUGCUGAAUUUAGUUUAAUAAGCAUUUUAAGUAGAAGGCAUUAGUGUCGCACUGUUAUGCCUGAAGAGCACUUAAGGUUGUGUGUUUGCAUGUGUUUGUACAUAGAUGUAAUAGGAGCAGAAUGCUUGGUUCUGCCCGUGUGAUUUGAUUCCUGUUGGAAUGUUUAAAUGUGGUUUAAAUUACACUAAGUGUAGUACUUUGUAUAAUCAAUGAAAUUGCUAGACAUGUUUUAGCAAGAUUUUUCUAGGGAAGAUAUAUGUCUAAAUUGCUUUUUUAAAUGCAGUGCUUUAUUUUAAACCAAGGGAAAAUUUGUAGAGGUGGAAACCUUUGCUGGGUUUUCUGUACAAUAAAGUUUUCCUACAAAUGAGGUUAGCACAGACUCCUUUCAUCUUAACAGCUCAGACUGUGCCCCUGCUGAGAUGCUGACUGGAUUUUUAGGUAGCCUCAAUUUAUAUUUGGCUGUUUAAGAGGAUUGUUUCUGCAAAUGAAACAUUGUACACACGCGUGAAAGUUUUUUCACCCGUUAAGAACAUUAUCUGCAUUUUGCUCCCUUUUUUGUAUUCAGGCAGCAAUACUGUAUUGAUAAUUCCUGUCCACACUGAUCAAACACUGAAAAGAGCUUUAAGAAAGCGCUAUGCUCCAAUCCAACAAUAGAUAUGCAAUUCUCUUCCAGUAGUGUUCUGGGAUUGCAAAGGUAAAACUGAAGAACAGUUCCUGCCCUCAAAAACGAUCACUGGAGAUGAGGGUCUUUACAUGGAGGAGGAUGAACACGUUCAGUGCAAUUCAUCUCUUAAACAGCCAUUAUGUGUUGGGAAUGGAAACACUGAGAAAAAGAAAUGAAACAGUCCUUUUGCCUUAAUAAUUUGAGGAGGAAAAAAAUAUUGAGUGUUGAAGGAAGCUAAAAUUCUAAGGGGCAGAGAAGAGAGAGUACCUUCUAGGUGUGGGGGACAGACAGUGCAAAGUCCCAGAGUUCAGAGAUAGUAUGUAGAUUUAAGAGAUUGGCCAGUGAGUCAGUUCACCUGGAAGCAAAGCAUGGGAAAGGAAAUAACGUGAACUUUUAUCUGGAAAGACAUUCUGGAGCCACGUCAGGAAAGGCUUUAAAUGCCAAGCAUGCAAAGGUCAUUCCAUUUUGUCCUAGGUGUGGUAAGUAGCCCCUGAAGAUUUUAAAUCAGAGAAGUGACUUGAGCUUUAGGGAAAUCAUUUGAUAGCUUUGUGGAGAAUGGAUUAGAGACAGAGGUGAAGAGUGGGAGAUGGAGGACUUGGAGAGGCCACUGUGGGGUGUAAAAUAGUCAACCAGGGAAGAAUAAAAUGAUUGUGCUAUGGGAGUCCAGCUGAAGUUAGGUAACGAAUCUGCAGUAGAUCUAGUCAUGGUUGUUCAGUAAUAAGGAGUAGAGAAAGUAGAUGGACAGGAAUUGGAGGGGGUAACCCAGGCAUUAUGGGCCAUGGCAGUAUGACAAGGGGCCAAGGAAUUCAGGAGUAGAGCAUGGGAUAGUUGUACUGAUUAACCAUAGUAUCACUACUGUGAAAAGGAAGAAAGACCAGAGUAGAGGCGACACACUCAGAGAGCAGGAAGGACUAAAGUGGCUGUAGAUCUGAAAAUUACUGUCUUGUAACUUGGAUCCUUCCAAGUAGGAAAAAAGGUCAAGUUUUGGCUUACUUGCCACAUCCUAUGCAUAAGAUCCUAAAGGCAGGGGGAAAGUUAUUUCCAGUAUAUCAAAUUGACUGUUUCAUUGAGUCAAAUGUGGUGGUAAAUAAAAUCGGGUUUCAUGUGUCAA